AUGACGAAUAGAUAUCUGCACCAGCUUUCACAGUGUAAAAGUUUGGGAGAUAUGGAGAUUAAAACAUCAGAGAGAAUGUUUCGUCGCCAACUACAACCAAACAAAGCUUAUAAAUUCAUUUACUGUGGAAUAGAAAAGGCUGGAUCAACAUUCUGGAGACGUUUACUUCAAUAUGUACAGCUAGGCAAAAUACAAACACCUUAUCGAAUAAGACCAGAACUAGCGAAUUCUUACUAUGUGGAUUUAUCUAAAACAACGUUAUUGGAAGUGCUAGGUUUACUGAAGUCAUUUACAAAAUUUAUAUUUGUGAGAAAUCCCUAUACAAGAUUACUUUCUGGUUUUAUUGACAAAUUAUACUCUCCUAAUCCGUAUUACUGGAACAAAAUAGGCAUUCCUGCUACCAGGUUAGCAAGGGAGAUAACAAAUACAUGUGGACAUGAUGUAUCUUUUAAAGAGUUUGUAGAGUACAUUAUUCAUUCUAAUAAUAAUCCAAAGAUCAAACGUGACGUUCAUUUUAUUCCAGCUUAUCAAUUGUGCCUUCCUUGUCACAUACAAUAUGAUUUCAUUGGUAAAAUAGAAUCAUUUGAAAACGACGUUAUGUUCAUACUGGAAAAACUAAAUUUAACACAAUAUAUACCGGUUUUACAGAAUUUUAAAAAUCAAUCAGUCGUUGAUGCUAUUUAUGAUGUUAGUCACACUUUUAUAGAAUUCAGAAAAGAAGCUUCAAAAUGUUUAAGCUUUGAAGAGAGUCUCAAAAGGACGUGGCGAAAGCUUCAGUUAAGGGGAAUAAUAGCGGAUGAAAUUAACUUGCCUUUUUCAUAUACAGAGGCAGAAAAUAUUACAGAAGAGAAAUUAUUGUCAACCUUUAUCAAAUCUUUUAAGCAAUCACAAAAAUUUGACUUGCGAUCACAAAAACGAAAACAUCUUAUUUAUGCUUAUAGCACUAUUUCUUUACAGACUUUAGAGAAAUUAGCAAAGGUAUUUAUUAUAGAUUUUAAAAUAUUUGAUUACAAUAUGUACCCUGCAUCUAUAUUCCAGAACAAAAAUAUUUCAGAACACAGUGUAGCUCAAUGGUAA